AUGGCCGACUUUGAGAGAGUUUUCCGAUAUAACCCUCAAGCCACGACUGUGGUCAAUCUCCUAACGAAAGACUGCGGCCCAGUCGUCUGGUCUCAUAAGACAGCGGAAGAUUGGGAAUCCUGGCUCCAAGAUGUCUCCGUCAAUGUCAAGGAGUUAGAAUCGACCAACUACCCUGCAAUCAUCUAUCAGUGCAGAUCUUCCAAUACCUGGGCAGAUGACAUGGCAUUGACGGCAACCUACUUUCCCCAUAGCCACCUGACCUUUGCAAUACUGUUUGGAUGUACCGCGGAUGUCGAAAAGAAUGUGUUCAACCGACUUAGCCGGGCAAAAGAUCGAGUAUGCCAUCCUAUGAUUCUUCCUGGCAUAUUUGCAGAGAUAGAAAGAGAUCGCAUGAUCAAGGUUGUUGAAAAGACAGUAGACGAUAUCGAAGGGGCCAUAUUCGACUUAGGCACCGGAAAUCCAAUUGAAGGCGACACGCUUCAAGAAGAGAACAGGAUCAAUACAAGGCGUUCUCGGAGAACAGCAUGGUUGAAUACCACUUAUCUUCGUAACAGCCUUCGGAUGUGGCAAGUUCAGCUUCGAAAAAUGGUCGAUCACGUUGCUCAACCCCUGGGCUUUGACCACAAUCCUCCUUACAAUGAGAAUGAGAAGUCGGGCGACAAUGAACCUAGGGACCAGAAAAAUGGGUGCAUGAAGACUACAGGAACAAUGAUCAGUGACCGACUUAAUGUUCUCAUCGAGGAGUUUGAGGACCGAAUUCAAGACUGUACGAUGAGUGUGGAAGGCAUGACCAUCGCAACACAGUGGGCCCAGGGCGAUACAAAUGUGGACAUUGCAACUGCAACAGGCCGUGAUUCUAGACAAAUGCGAUCCAUUGCUUUGGUGACGAUGAUCUUCCUGCCUGGGACAUUCUUCGCUACGCUAUUCUCAAUGACAUUCUUCGACUGGUCUACAAAUGACGACAAGAAGUCUGUUGUAUCAGGAUACAUAUGGAUCUACUUCCUGGUCACCGGCGUUUUCACUGCAUGCACCCUUGUAAUUUGGUGGUAUUUCCUAUCGCCACACAGAAAGAAAUAUCGGAGCUGCAACUUUGCUCAGCCAAUCCUUUCCAAUCAAGCAUGA